UAGCAGACUUGAAGUAUAUAUACCCUGAAUUCAACCACCGAAACCAACAUCCACACAAACAUGUCUCACAACAUCCUAAUCACCGGCAGCUCCGGCUACCUAGGCGGCACUCUUCUCGCGCGUUGGAAAAGUGCCAAUCUACCUCCAUACAAUACCCUCUACGCUCUCGUCCGGACGGAAGACCAAGCGCAGAAAAUAAAACAGUACGGCGCGCAGCCGCUGAUUUGCAACAUCAGCGAUCAUGAACAGGUGACUCGAGCGGUUAUUGAUAGGAAGAUCACUGUGAUCUAUUUCCUGAUUGAUGCGUAUUGGGACACGCAUCAGAAGGUUUUGAUCAAGGCUCUGGGGGAGGUGAAGAAGCAGACAGGGGAGAAGGUGCACUUUCUGCAUACCGCAGGAGCAAAGCACUUUAGCCAGCAUGCGGGGAUUUAUUUCGAUGAGCCAUUGCUUGAUACUGACCCAAAGCUGUAUGAUAUUCAGAAGACUGCUGUUUCACCGCAUGGCUUCUUUUCUCAGGCUGCCAGAACAAAUGUCACUGUGAUUGACACUGCUGAACAAUGUGGAGUACGAAGUUAUAUAUUCGCUCCGUGCAUUGUCUAUGGUGAAGGAGAAGGGUUUGGUAAUCGCACUUCGAUCCAGGACGUUGCAAUCGUCAAGGCUGCAAAGAAGGCCAGACAAGUGUAUAAAGUCGAUAUUGAUAAUCCUACCUGGCCUGUCUGCCAUAUAGUCGAUACCACCACUCUUUACCUGCAGAUUUUACGCCAGAUUUUACUAGGUAAUGACAUCGGGCAUAACAGGAAUGGCUUCUUCCUUGCCGCUUCUGGUAGUGUACCUUGGAACGACAUCUACAAUGCCAUCGCCAAAUCCCUCGCAAAGCGCGGUAUCGUGGAUGACGAGAAAGUCGAACAGGCGGAUGGGCCUGCCCUGGCAAAAAUGGCUGAUGCGCUUAAAGUAACGCCGUCUGCUGUUCCUGUGCAGCUGGGUGGGAAGUGCACGUUUACGGCGGUCCAUGGUCAUCAAAUCGGAUGGAAGCCACAGUAUCCUCCGGAGCAUAUACUUGAAGCGGCAGAUGAAGAGGUUGAGGUGAUUUUGAGGAGCUUGGAAGUUGAUGAUUCGAAGGCAACUAUCCGGUAAUGGUGGAGCGUAUGCAUAUAGUGGACAGACUCUCGUGGAAUUGUUAUAGAAUACUCACUCAAGAAAGUUAUGUACAUACAUAUGGGUACCUACGUCAAUUCUAGACUCCGUAAGGGCUGGGUGUUACUGCCUGAGGUAUCAUCGUAACCCGCACCAGCCACCCAAAUAGGCAAUAGCUCAGUAGAGCAAGCAAGGUCACUACAACUUACGAACAGAUAAAAAAGAAAAAAUAGCAAAAACU